UUCCAGGUUUUCUGAUUAGCUCUUGUGAGAGAUAGCUUACUCAAUAAUAACAGCAUUAUUGUCCCCUCUCUUCUCGAUAAUUAUUUCGCUAACACUGGACAAUGGUAGGUGUCACUCACACUGGAAGUCAUUCCUCCUCUUCGAAGGAAGAUGGCAAGAAAGAUGACGAUACGGCAAGAUUCGAUUGUAACAUAUGUUUGGAUGUAGCACGAGAUGCCGUAGUCUCAAUGUGUGGUCAUUUGUUCUGUUGGCCAUGUCUUCAUCAGUGGCUUGAUACACGUCCUAAUAGGCAGCUCUGUCCCGUUUGCAAAUCUGCCAUUAGCAGAGAGAAGGUUAUACCGCUCUAUGGAAGAGGUGGUAAUGAUACAGACCCACGAGAUAAAGUCCCACCGCGUCCAAAAGGUCAACGAACCGAAAUGCCUCAGAGCUCUUUUCAAGGAUUCCCGGGCUUCCAGUGGGGCGGUGAAAAUGGUGGUGGAGGUGUGCAGUUCUCAAUGGGUAUCGGAGUAUUCCCUAUCUCGUUUUUCGCGUCAUUCUUCAAUAGUGGCUUUGGAGAACGACGUCCAGAAGCGCCGGCAGCGGGCACGAGACAAGCGGAAGAAGAGCAGUUUCUAUCAAACCUUUUUAUAUAUCUUGGUAUAUUUUUUGUCGUUUGGCUUCUAGUUCUAUAAAUAUCACUUUCGAAUAGAAUAUGAAUCAUCCAGAAGUGCUGAAAUAUUUUAACUUCGUUUACUUUUUUCUUCUCGCUUCCUUUUUAUUCUAUGUCACCCUAAGCAUACUGAUGCUUAACUGUUUAUAAGAUUACCCCUACUGACGUCGUGCUCUUAGCCCUAUUUUGUAAAUUGAAUUAUAUGUGAAAUGUUUGGAUAACCCCGAGCUUCAAGAACUUUUUUUUACUGAAAAGGAUUUGAUUUCUUAGACAGAUUGAAGUACCAAUUUUAAUAGUCACUUGCAGUCAUCUAAUUUGUACAAUUUUAUGAGCAGUUUAAUCGCGGACCUGCUCUUAACUGUGUUAGUUGCUUGUGUCGAAAUUAUUUAUGCUUGGAAACUUUGUUUUGAUUAUACAUUUCGAGCUGCUUUCAUUCAUUAGUUUGUGCAAAUCGAUCCGAGAAUUGAUUUUACCUAGUCUAUUCCAUCAUUACAAUGACCAUACAUAUCGUUUCUAGCAGAAUUGCGUUUUUAGUAGCGGCUUCUUUGCC